GAGGACGCUACUGGACGAGGGACAUGACAAACUGUGAUUCCGUGAAUAGUACAUGAAUGUGUGUGGGCUGUCCUGUCAACUGCGUUCAACUGCGUGUAUGACAGUGAAUUCGUUCUGUGGCGAAGCGAGCAAAGACUCCAUAUAAGGAGAAACAUUAGUCCUCACAUUUCCAAAGUAAUCAAUUUAAACACAUUUUGCAGCGCUUAAAGCGAUAAAAAAUGGAGAGCAUAAUACAGAAUCAAGUAAUGCAAGUUGCACAGCAUGUCGAGCAGCAGCUUGAUGCUGAAUUAGACCGACUAGAUAAUAUGGAUGCUGAUGAUCUUGAAAGUUUAAGAGAGAAGCGGCUCAAAGAAAUGAAGAAAAAUCAAAAUCAAAGGCAGACUUGGCUUGCAAUGGGCCAUGGAGAAUACACAGAAAUUCCUGACGAAAAGGAAUUCUUUGAGGUAUCUAAGAAAUCUAAAGACAUCGUUUGUCUCUUUUUCAAAGAUGGUUCUCCGAGAUGUAAAAUUGCUGACGAACAUCUCAAGAUCUUGGCCAAAAAACAUGUUGAAGCAAGAUUCUGUAAACUUAAUGUUGAACGAUGCCCGUUUUUAACAGAACGACUUCGAAUCAAAAUCAUUCCAACGAUUGCUUUGAUCUCUGACAGCAAGACGAAGGAUUAUAUCGUUGGUUUUACGGAUUUAGGAAACUGCGAUGAUUUUUCAACAGAAAUGAUGGAGUGGCGCAUUGCCCAGUCUGGUGCUAUCUCAUAUAAUGGAGAUCUGAUGAACCCCCCAGAGAAAGGGAAGAAAACUAAAUCCCUGCUUGGUGGCAAGCCCAAGACUAUCAGGGGUCGAGAGGAUGAUGGGUCUGAUGAUGAUUGGGAUUAGCGAUAGCGAUAAUUGUUUGCAACACUUUUUACAUGCUUUAAUUGGUGGCAUGUUUUUUAUGAGCACACAUUCAGCUUUGAACAAAUUUUUUUCCAUACCAUUUUGUUCAGAUAAAUACGUAAGUUAUGUUCGAAGACUGCAAGAUAGCAAUAGAUACAAUUUGUCUAAUAUAACCUCUGUUUAACUAAGACUUUUACAUUUAUUAACUUCUUGAACAUUCAAUGCAUAAAAUUCAAUUUUGAGAAUGCAUGUUGACUGUACAUUACCGUGCUUUCGUGGGGAGUUGGAAUAAAUGUUAAAUAGUCAAAUUAUCAGCAUCACAAUAACACGCACCUUGUAUAAUUUGGUGAAAAAAAUAGGUUUUUCAAAAUUGUACAUACGAUAUACUCGAUGGUUUUGAAAAUAUUUGUUUUACACUUACGACGCAUGUGUAGUAAUUUCAUCCCUGACAUUUCACAGUACUGUUGAUUUGCCUCGAUCAUUGUAUUCCAAGAUUUGUGUAACGUUUUCUAAGAGCACAAGUCUAUUUUGUUCCAUAAAUGUAUCAAAUUGAAAGACAAAUUAUAUUAUUUUAUUCAUAAUAUUGCUAAUUAAGUAUUCAAUACACUUCGAGCUUAUUUACAGAUUGAUUGUACGUUGCUUUAAUGAAUUUUGUAACAAAAAAACUUAAUAAAAUCACAAUUGUUAAGCAAAAAAGCAUUCAACUAUUUUCAAUAAACAUCCGUAUAUUCCACAUCAUUGAUGUUUUACAGACGUUUGCUCCGAAUAACAUAUUCAAUGUUCGGGUGUUCAAGUGAUUUCAGAUCUAAAAUAUGGUAAUGAAUAGUGAAGGAUUUCUUAUAUUUACAAAAAAAAAUCCAAUUUGAAUAGCAAUAUAAAGACUACAAUCACGAUUUCCUUAACCAUUUACAAAAUAUAUGCCUGCAUCUAAAAGAACGAUACAGACGAAAACUUGUUCCCUCAUUCAAUAAGUUACUUGAAAUGUAAAAAUUUAAUGUAUAUCCUGCACCAGUAUAGGUAAAUACAUUGUGUGAUGGGACAAAGUAAGAAAUAUCCCAGAGUCCUUGGUACGACAAGGCUAUAAUGUUU